GGCCGGCCCCGGGCGUCCCGGGCCGUGAGCCGGGGGUCUGCGCCUCGCUGUUCCUGCCGCGGCUCUUUCUCGGGGCUGUCCCCUGGGCUUGUCCACCGCGCCCGCCCCGCAGAUCUGCCCGCACUCCGCGCCUGGCCGCCCCGCCAUGGGCCUGGAGCUCUACCUGGACCUGCUGUCGCAGCCCUGCCGCGCCGUCUACAUCUUCGCCAAGAAGAACGGCAUCCCCUUCGAGCUGCGCGCCGUGGAUCUGCUCAAAGGUCAGCACCACAGCGAUGCCUUUGCCCAGGUGAACCCCCUAAAGAAGGUGCCAGCCUUGAAGGAUGGGGACUUCACCUUGGCUGAGAGCGUGGCCAUCUUGCUGUAUCUGAGCCGCAAGUACAAAGCCCCUGACCACUGGUACCCCCAGGACCUGCAGGCCCGCGCCCGCGUGGAUGAGUACCUGGCAUGGCAGCACACGACCCUGCGGAGUAGCUGCUCCCGGGCCAUGUGGCAGAAGAUGAUGUUCCCUGUGUUCCUGCGUGAGCCAGUGCCCCCUGAGACAUUGGCGGCCACUUUGGCUGAGCUGGACAGGUGCCUGCAGCUGCUUGAGGACAAGUUCCUGCAGGACCAGGCCUUCCUCACUGGGUCCCGUAUCUCCCUGGCUGACUUGGUGGCCAUGGCAGAGCUGAUGCAUCCCCUCCGCCUGGCUGUCUCUCCCCGUAGCCUGUUGGCGCUGGCUGCCGAGUCUUCGAAAGCCGACCCAAGCUGGCCACGUGGCGCCAGCGCGUGGAGGCUGCGGUGGGGGAGGAUCUGUUCCGGGAGGCCAAUGCAGACAUCCUGAAGCUCAAGGACCUGCCUCCGGCAGACCCUGUCACAAGGGAGAAGCUGAGGCUCUCAAUGCAGGCUUUGUUGCAGUGAGCGGGUGGCCUGUGCUGGCAGAAUACUGAGAUGGAGCUGCCUGUCUCCUUGGCUGUCAGGACUUCCCGUCUGAGUGGGCUCUGGUCCCUAGUACCCUCCAGGCAUCGUGCCUGUGUGUGUUCCCUUUGUCUCCCCACCCUACUUUUUCCCUUCUGUUCCAGCUUCCGUGUCACCUCCGGAACCUGCUUUAGUAAACACUUAGUGGACCUUG